AGCUCCUUCCGCCCGUUCCAUCUCUCUCUCUCUCUCUCUCUCUCUCUCUCUCUGUAUAUGUUUAUAUCUGUAUCUGUGUGUAGAAGGAAGGAAGGGAUGUCGGACGAGGAGCAUCACUUCGAGUCGAAGGCCGACGCCGGAGCUUCAAAGACUUAUCCUCAGCAAGCUGGUACCAUUCGUAAAAAUGGUUACAUUGUUAUCAAAAACAGACCUUGCAAGGUUGUGGAGGUCUCAACUUCCAAAACUGGCAAGCAUGGUCAUGCCAAAUGUCACUUUGUUGGUAUUGACAUCUUCAAUGGAAAAAAGCUUGAAGAUAUUGUUCCCUCUUCCCACAACUGUGAUGUUCCUCAUGUCGCCCGUACAGACCACCAACUGAUUGAUAUCUCUGAGGAUGGAUUUGUGAGCCUGCUGACUGAGAAUGGUAAUACUAAGGAUGAUCUGCGCCUUCCAACCGAUGAAAAUCUGCUUACGCAGAUCAAGGAUGGAUUUGGCGAGGGGAAGGACCUUGUCGUGACUGUGAUGACUGCCAUGGGAGAGGAGCAGAUCUGCGCCCUCAAGGAUAUUGGCCCAAAGUAACUCCCUGAAGCUUUGGAGAUAGCUAGGGGAUUUCAAUUUCAAAGUGCAAUAGAGAUAAUAAUAGCUAUAAGAGGUUUUGGUCUGGUUUGAGGACAAAGGCCCACCAUUUUGAGAACUGUCUACUAUUGGAUGGAUUUCUUAGCCUUCCAUCUAAGACAAAAAAUUUCAUUAUUAGGGUUUUAUAAUUAUAAUUUUUCUUUUUGCCUGUUUGGUUACUGCUUGAACAAUGUUGGGGAAUUGAUUUUCCAGCAAGACUGUAAGACACUUAUUUUGGACCUUGGAUUGUUGUGGGUAUCAUGUUUUAUUGUUUGAUGAGAUGAAACAUUGCAUAAUGGAGAAUAACAAGUGGUGACUGACAGUUGUCCAGUUGUUUGAUA